UGUGUGUGUGUGAUUCAUGUUCUUAUGUGCUUCUUAGAUUCAUUAAAAAAAUGUAAAAUGCUCGUCGGCAGUACUCCGUCGUCUCGCCGUCGGCCUUAGUUGCAGUUAGGGAAUGACUGGGAAGAAUUUAGUUGUAAUUAACAGUGUUAGUUUGGUUGAACUGUUGAAAGAUCAAUACACAGUACAGCAAGUGAUUGGUAAAAACAAACAAUAAUUAUUAAAAAGACAAACGAUGCAGCAUAUGCGGUGAUAGUGGUUAUGAAGAAUUAAUGUCUACUUGCUCACAAUGUGGAAUAAUUUCUCAACAUAUUUAUUGCAUGAGAACCUCUUGUGGGGAAGUCCCUCAACUUGUCCCAAAUUCUUGGACAUGCAAAGACGGUUGCUGUACAGAAGAUGAAGACAGAUGUGAUGAAAAUGGUGAAGAUAAUCUUCAAACUACUGAGAAUACUGCUGUUCACCGUGAACGAUUACAGCAGGGAGGUCCUACCAAGGCGUCUGAUUGGGGAGGACAUCGUUUUCUUUCUAGGAAAGCUGCUAAAGUGAAAUAUAUUUCUCCUGAAGAAGCGGCGAUGCUACCAUCUGGACCUGUUAACAUCAGAUCUCCUUUAAAGAAUAAUUUGGGAAGAAAACCUGUUUGUUCUUCUGGUCCUCCUAAACAAUUUGCUUCAAAAAUAAAACAGCGACCAAGCUAUAUAUCUUUCGGUCCUGAAAGGCCUUCUGGACUUGGCAGAAAUGCAGGCCAGCCAUCCAGAACACUAAAAGAACUGAAGGCUACCAUUUCUCCUGCAAAGGAACAUACUCAUACCCUCAAGAACACUGAGAAGGAAAAGAAUUGCAGUGGCAAUGUGAUUGCUAAAGAAGUCGAAAUUCGAAAUGCGAAUGCAAAGGAAGCUGUUCACAGAUCAUCAGCAUCUGUUCAUCGUCUACCUCCGAAUAUCAGGAGUGACUCUUGCCGUGUUGCUGAGUCUAAGAAGCCCGAGGCUGAAAGGGGGGACCUGUUGGCUGAUCUGCCUAACCUUAUUCUGUAUUAUCCGCAUUUCCCUGCUCUGAAUGUUAUUUGGAAGGGAGGCUUCAAGUUUACCGAUGCUGCUACACCUGGUGAAUUUUAUGGUGGGCUCCAAGCUCAUCCUGCAUCCAGAGUAAGUCGUAAAGCCUAUGAGCUUACCCAAAAGAUGCCUAUGCCUAUAAUCCUUCAGAUUGAGCUGCUUCAAAGACAACAUGUUUGGGCAGAUGUAUUCCUGAAUGAUCAUCCAGAUUUUCAUGACAUUGCAUUGUAUUUUCACCCUUCUGGAAAUAUUGAGAGAUCCAAAGAAAACUUUACAAGGCUCUUCGAGCGUAUGGAAAUUCAAAAUUUGGUACUUAGAUGUUACAUUUCUGAUGUGGAGCUACUAAUAUUCACAUCAAAACAGCUUGAUCAAGACUCGCAAGAUGUUAUUGAGAGAUUAGGCAUGAGGCAGUUCUUAUGGGGAGGUUUUCUUCGUCGUACCAAAAGAGAUCAAUCUCCUUCAGAUUUUGAUCGUGCCAGCUUGGAAUGCAAUGACACUAUUGAUAUGGAAAUUGACAUGAUGGGCGGAAAGCUGGUGGGGAGAAUUGAUACUGUUGUUCCUAGAGAAUCAUUGGAGAGGGCUCGUGGUCAAUCUGACAAAAAAGCUAUGGAUGAAUAUACUAUGAGAAUGUCAAAUACAUCGAGUGCUUUUGAAGAUGUGGAAACUCAACAACUGCGCCUAGAAUCUGAACAAGCUCAAAGCAAUCUGUUCUCUUUCUUUUCAGAACCUUCUGCGAAGAUCACUACUGAUUUGGCCUCUAUGAACCCUCUCCAAAGCUUGGUGGAGAAACUGUCUGCUCAUACAACUGCUAUGGACGUUCCUCCUGGUUUUAAAGAUCUCCAUAAGAAGGUACCUGUGCUUAGAACUGAAGGGGGCACUUCCCAAGGUUCUGAAGACUUACCAAAGAAGGUGUGUGUGCCUACAAGUGAAGUGGACAUUCCCCAAGUUUUUAAAGAUUCAUCGAGACAGAACCUGAGAAACAAGUUGCGUGAAGCCAAAGUUAAGGAAGAACCUGAUUCAAAUGAUGCGAGGGCUAAAGGUAUUGUUCAGAAGGUGGAAAAGGAUACAGACUCUCAAUCUUGCCCUGUGAAGGUCAAAUCUGAAAUACAAAAGUUCGAUUCUGAUCACCGAGAUCUCGGGCAUAGGUUGAAUACCAGUUCACCUGGCAAAAGAAGCAAUGUGGCAUUCUGGAGCCCUCCUCCGACAGACUGGGUCAAGUUAAAUGUGGCAGGCCAUUUAAAGGCUAAUGCAGAUGUAGCUGGCGCUGGUGGAAUUAUACGAGACGAGUCUGGCAAAUGGCUUCAGGGUUUUACUGUGAACCUGGGUACUGAAACAAGCGGACCUGAGCUGUGGGCAGUAUUUAAGGGCCUAGAGCUUGCCUGGAAAAGAGGAUAUAGGAAAGUCGUGGUGGAGACAGAGUCUCAUAUGGCAGUUGAGUAUUUAAUGAAAUCCACCACAGCACUGGAUUCUAACAGAAAUAUAGUAGAAUGCUGCUGGAAAUUAAUCAAACUCGACUGGGAUUGCCAUGUUCUUCACGUCGACAGAAAUGCAAACUUGAGUGCUAGUUGGUUAGCAGCUCAGUUUGGAGAUCGUCCUUUGAGAAUGAAUUUUUUUAGUGAGCCACCUAAUGGUCUGGUUUCUCUAUUGCAGAACGAUUCUCUCGGGAUUUCCCGUCAUUCUUCGCCGACUUUACAGCUUUGAUAGAUGUUACAAAAUCUAACACAAUGGAAAAUGGAAAAUCUGACAAAGAAUACUUUUUGAUACAUGUAAAAAUAUUGGCUUAGAAGUUAGUGAAAGUCUGUAAAUUCUGCUAAUUGAAAAGCUACAACAUUUGCUUGUAAUGCUCUUACCAUGAAGCACUAGGGUUAAGUAUCAUUAGUUUAGUGAUUGUAAGAAUUCAAUAUUAUGAUCAAUUGAAUAUUCCACUUA